UAUGUGUGUGGCCCUCUUUUCUUAUCCCUACGCACAAUCCCCUGUUUCUUCUCUGAGCCAAUCCUAAUACACAUAUCGCAUGCAUUAUCUCCUUCAGUUCUGCUGGCUUUCAAAAUUACCGUGGUUUUUAACAUGUCAAAACAAGAGAAUGGCGUGCCAGAGGACCAACAUUGGCAAGAGCUGAAGCUUCCGCACUUGCUGUUUUCUGAAACAGUGCGAGAUAUUCAUUCAACAAUUGAAAAUGAGUGGGAUUCUCUGCAGAAGUCAGCAUGCCAAAUAGCAGCCGGGAGAGCCCUGUGGAAUCAUGUGAUAAAUGAUCCGCUUGCAGGCUUACUUGCAGGAGAAACAUACCUCAGAAGCUUUCAUGAGAAGAUCAAGAAAGACCGCCACAACAAUGCUACUGAAAUUUCAGGAGUGAUGCUCGCUGUUCGAACCCUCUGGUUUGAUUCGAAAAUUGAAGCUGCUCUUGAUUCUGUGAGAGGCAGAGGAUCUCAAAUUGUUCUCCUUGGUGCAGGAAUGGACACAAGGACAUACCGUCUAGGAUGCUUGAUGGAAAGCGAUGUCUUUGAAGUAGAUUUUCCCAGUGUCUUACAAGUGAAAGAUGCUCUUAUUCAGGCAGCAGUCAGAUCAACAGAAAAUAUUAGAAUGACUGCAAAAUCCCUAACUAGAGUAGCUGCUGAUAUCAGAGAAAAUGACUGGCUUGAAAAGCUACAAAACUCUGGAUUUGUGCUAGAAAAGAGCACGGUGUGGGUUCUAGAAGGUAUCCUCUACUAUCUAAGCCAAUCACAUGCCAUGCAAGUACUGAAGGUCAUAGCUGACAAGUGUGCCCUCACGGAAACAGUUCUCUUAGCAGAUUUUAUGAACAAACCAUCAACCAUGCUGUGCAAUUCAGUCUUCCACUUUUACAGUGAUUGGCCUGAUCAUCUUCUACCAUCACUAGGAUUUUCUCAUGUUAAUCUUUCACAGAUUGGUGAUCCAGAUGCUCACUUCGGGCUGCUACAUGACCCACAAAAUCUGUUCAACAAACUCCGCAACUUGCCCAGAUCAUUACAAACCCACCCAGAUGAUGGAACCCCAUGUCGUCGCUUGUAUUUGGUGCAGGCUUCUGGUUCACCAAAUCAGCAAAUUCCAUUUAGCACCAUCUCAAAUGUAGUAUAGAGAUAUAUGUGCAACUUCCAGUAAUAGCUUUGAAGCUAGCAUCCUUAUCUGUAGUGCAGCUAGUUGAAUACAUGAUGAUUUGAACAACAAAGAUGGGCAACAAACUUUUAAGCUGUGUAAUGAUUCUUUAAGCUAGUCAUAGAGAUAUAGAUUAUAUUAUAAAACUCUUUUUGCAUA